GUGGGGGUUGGCAGCCUCUGUGGAAGAAGUGGGUGAGGGAGCACGGUUGCAUCUAGACGGCAGAAGUACUAUGGAACCUCUGCAGCCCUGUAGGUUUGGAAGGCUUAAAUCCAAGUUUGGAAAGGCUUUUUCCAUUCCAGAUGAUUUGCUGGCUUAAGCGCUUAAUUAGGAUGGCUUUUGAACAAGUUGGAUUAAACAUGGAUUCGGUGCUUUGGUCAAGCAAGCCUUAUGGUUCAUCUCGAAGUAUCGUAAGAAAAAUUGGCACGAACCUCUCUCUUAUACAGUGUCCAAGGGUUCAGUUUCAGCUUACUCCUCAUGCCAUAGAAGGAAACCAUUCUCAUCAGCCUAGAGAAGAUGCAGUGCCUUCCUUUGCAGAUGUGGGAUGGGUUGCUCAAGAAGAAGGUGAACUCUCUACAAGGCUCAGAUCAGAAGUUUGGUCCAACCCAACACAGCCUCUUCCAGGUGAACUACAUCAUUCUAGAAAGUCCCCAUGCAGACAAAUGUCCUUACAAAGCCCAUUGGAAGAAGAACCAGUGUCCAGAAGCAUAGCGACCACAAAUGAAGAAGCUCUGCAGAAGAUCAGUGCUCUAGAAAAUGAACUAGCCACUUUAAGAGCACAAAUAGCCAAAAUUGUAAUCUUGCAAGAACAGCAGAACUUAACAGCAGUUGGGUCAAGUCCAGUUGCUUCAGCUGCUGUCCCUGCUGCACCUCCACCAGCACCACCUCCUCCUCCUCCUCCACCACCACUCCCUCCUCCUGGUCUACCACAGAGUAUGUCUGCAAUUGAGCUCAUUAAAGAAAGGAAAAACAAAAAAACAAACUCUGGACAGAACGUGACAGAAAAUGGGCCAAAGAACUCUAAAGUACCAAACAUGCUAGAAAUCCUCAAAGACAUGAACAGGGUGAAGCUACGUGCUGUGAAAAGGUCUUCAGAGGAUACAAAGUGUAAAGCAGCUGACCCCACAGAUCCUGCAGCAUUGAUCGCAGAAGCGCUCAAAAAGAAGUUUGCUUAUCGAUACCGAAGCGAUAGCCAAAGUGAAACAGAGAAAGUGAUGCCAAAGACUGAGACAAAGACUGAGGGAGUACUGUUUGGACCGCACAUGCUGAAGUCUACCGGAAAAAUGAAGACUUUAAUUGAAAAAUCUUGAUGUAUUAAGAUCACCACACAAAGUACUGUUAAGCGGUUUUGUCUGGAACCUUUUAUGUUGCAAAAAGCAUGAGUACAAAGUCGUCUCUCACAACACAGGAAAAACCCAAUGUGAAAUGUAGAAUGGAGGCACUAAACAUGUUUGUAUGUAAUUUAUCAAGGUGAAUAAAUUUGACUAUUAUACUCAGGUAUUAAUUUUGUAUCCAAACCUGGCUUUCUACUCAGACUUAUGUGGUGGUUUUAGGUUAACACUAAGUUAUAUAUACAGCAUUCUUUGUGUACUGACUGACCACCUUGAAAAUUUGUGUACGUUACAAUGAUAGUGAUACCUCCUUAAAUUAAUAUCGGUUAUUUGAGCUCUAGCUGUAACUUGCACUACAGUGUACAGUUUGAUACUGAGUUUUCAUAUCAAAGUAUUUCUUUUAAACUUGCUUUUAGCAAAUGUUUUAGCCCAAAGAAAACCUGAAUACCUUCUGCUGCCUACUGAAUGGCAGCAAAAACUUGAAUCUGCUGCAGGGGGCACCUGGUACGUGGCAUUUUAGGUAGUACCACAUUUUUGUGCAGGUUUUCUCUUUUUGUUUCAAAGGAGCUUGUAAGGGUGAGAAAGCAAAACCUCCUUCUAUCACCCUGUGGCCAAUGCAGAGUGCAGGACAAGCACAAGUAGAUCUCGCUGUGGAAACCAAAUGAAUUUGAAAUAACCAGUAGGUAAUAGCAGAGUAAAGCGAUGUCAGAGUAUGUGUUAAGUGCAAGUUGCCAAAAAUAUACUGCUCAUCUCAGCUGUGCCAAGAAAAGUCUCCAGCUGUCUUAGGCCCCUAAAUGGGUUUCUAGCACCUGGGGACUGCACAAGCCCCUGUGGUCUGAUUUGCAGCGAAGAUACAGUGCGAGCCAUUGCACAGAACCUGUUUUCCAGGGGAAGUCCUUUCAGCGACUUCCCUCAGGAGGAAUUUGCUGGCAGACCCAUACAACACUAGUUCUUUAACCAAGUGCCUGUGCUCAUGGCUCCAACCCCAGAUGUGGGAAGGGCUCAAGCUAAAAGUAGAAGCUGGGCUGGAAAAAAAAACACCUGUUUGUGAACAGGAGAGCUACAACCAAUCUGUACACUUGAACAAAAACCAACGUAUCUGACUGCAGGUGUGAGCAGAAGAUGAGUCUGGGCAUGUCAGUGUUCCACGCUGAUCUGGAACAAGGACAGGUGCCUCAUGGAGCAUCUGGUUCCUGGGAAAAGGAAAAAGCAGCAGCUUCUUAAAAGGCAGCUGAAUGGCUUUGACGAGGCCGGUUACUGAAGAUGACUGAAGCUUUGCUGCUUAUAACUGGAAGGUAGAUUGUGCCAUUGAGGAGUAUGUUUUAUGGUAUGAAACUUGAAAUGGUUUUAUUACAUACACAGUGUACUUCCCUUCCAAAACACUUUGCCAUCAGCCUUACCACCAAGCCAUUAAAACUUUGUGUUCUUUUAAAUGCCUUUAAAACACCUUUUUAAAGUUAGCUUUGGUUUCAAGUCUUGUAUUUAAUGCUCUACUGCCACUGUAUAAAAUUAAAAGUAAUUAAAAUAAA